GAAGCUUGUGCCUCCAGCUCAGACCUGGGCCACAUCCUACAGCGCAUGGAAUGGUGCCAACCGGCUGGGCUCAGCAUGGUGCUGGGCGCUGCCCUGGCCCGAGGACGGGCAGUGUGUAGGCACAACGGGCUACUCAUCCUGUCAGUGCUGUCUGUCAUCGUGGGCUGCCUCCUUGGCUUCUUCCUCAGGACCCAGCGCCUCUCACCACAGGAGAUUAGUUACUUCCAGUUCCCUGGUGAACUCUUGAUGAGGAUGCUGAAGAUGCUGAUCCUACCACUGGUGGUCUCCAGUUUGAUGUCUGGCCUUGCCUCCCUGGAUGCCAAGACCUCCAGCCGCUUGGGCAUCCUCACUGUGGCAUACUACCUGUGGACUACCUUUCUGGCCGUGGUCGUGGGCAUCAUCAUGGUCUCCAUCAUCCACCCGGGUGGUGCGGCACAGAAGGAGACGACCGAACAGAGUGGGAAGCCGGUCAUGAGCUCAGCCGAUGCCCUGCUGGACCUUGUCCGGAACAUGUUCCCAGCCAACCUGGUAGAGGCCACGUUCAAACAGUACCGCACCAAGACCACUCCAGUUAUCAAGUCUCCCAAGGGGGCUUCAGAGGAGGCCCCUCCUCAGCGGAUCCUCAUCUACGGGGUCCAGGAAGACAAUGGCUCCCGUGUGCAGAACUUUGCCCUGGACCUGACACCCCCACCUGAGAUUGUGUACAAGUCAGAACCUGGUACCAGUGAUGGCAUGAACGUACUAGGCAUUGUCAUCUUCUCAGCCACCAUGGGCAUUAUGCUGGGCCGCAUGGGUGACAGCGGGACCCCUCUGGUCAGCUUCUGCCAGUGCCUUAAUGAGUCCGUCAUGAAGAUUGUGGCGGUUGCAGGGUGGUACUUCCCCUUUGGCAUUGUCUUCCUGAUCGCCGGAAAGAUCCUGGAGAUGGAUGACCCCAAGGCAGUGGGGAAAAAACUGGGUUUCUAUGCGGUGACCGUGGUGUGCGGGUUGGUGGUCCACGGCCUCCUCAUCCUGCCCCUACUCUACUUCCUCAUCACCAGGAAGAACCCCAUCGUCUUCAUCCGUGGAGUCCUCCAAGCUCUGCUCAUUGCGUUGGCCACCUCCUCCAGCUCAGCCACACUGCCCAUCACCUUCAAGUGCCUCCUGGAGAACAACCACAUUGACCGGCGUAUCGCUCGCUUUGUGCUGCCUGUGGGUGCUACCAUCAACAUGGAUGGCACCGCGCUCUAUGAGGCUGUGGCCGCCAUCUUUAUUGCCCAGGUCAACAACUACGAGCUGGACUUUGGCCAGAUCAUCACUAUCAGCAUCACAGCCACUGCAGCCAGCAUUGGGGCAGCUGGCAUCCCACAGGCAGGACUCGUCACCAUGGUCAUUGUGCUCACCUCUGUGGGACUGCCCACCGACGACAUCAACCUCAUCAUCGCUGUAGACUGGGCCCUGGACCGCUUCCGUACCAUGAUUAACGUGUUGGGCGACGCACUGGCGGCGGGGAUCAUGGCGCACAUCUGCCGGAAGGAUUUUGCUCAGGACAUAGGCACUGAGAAACUGCUACCCUGUGAGACCAAGCCAGUGACAUUGCAGGAGAUCGUGGCUGCCCAGCACAACGGCUGUGUGAAGAGUGUGGCUGAGGCCUCGGAGCUAACCCUGGGUCCCAUGUGCCCCCACCACAUCCCAGUCCAGGUAGAGCAGGAUGAGGAGCCGGCCACUGUCAGCCUAGACCACUGCACCAUCGAGAUCAGUGAGCUGGAGACUAAUGUGUGAGCCCGCAGGGCUGCAGAGCCAGGCCAGACCCUGGGGUAGGAGCUGAACUCAAAUUACACCCAGUUCCACUGACAGGCUAGUCAGCCAUUGAUGAGAAAUAGUGUCUCAGCAGACACAAUGCGUUCAG